UUCUUAUUCCAAUUAAUUAGUUCAUUACUCAAUAGUAUUUUCAUAGUCACUAUCAAACUGUACAUUUGUAACGUUACAUCAAUGCUUAGUCAGUACUAUUUUAUUACUGUAAAUGUAGAAUUUAGCUGUUUCCUUUACCUUGUAUAAUCACUGAUGAUUGCUUCAUAAAUACAACAAAUACGUGAUGAAGCUUUUCAAAUUUGGCUAAACCUUUCUAGCUGAUCAGUUAUAUUUUACCAUGAUUAACACUAGAUCUAAUGACAGUUAGUUUAAAACAAUUUAUUAGAUUCUUGUUAGCAAUUCAUUUUUAUUGAUCAAGUUAACAACAGAUUUUUCAUUAUUUAGGGUUCGUUUUAUCCAGGUACACUCCAUAGUGCGAUGGUGGAGAAAAUUUGUAGCUCAGGUGGGUGAUUUUGAUGGACGUUCGUUCUCUGUAGAAGUCUACAUGAAGUUUGUGCUGAUGAUGUUGUUCAGAAGAACGAUGCAAGCUCCACGACCAAAGCAUCGAGUUCGGAGAAAAAAACUCCAUCAAGAUGCUCACGUGUAUUAAAUGUUACAUUAGACGCAUGUCUUUCAGAGGAAAGCGAAAGGUGGAUAACUAGUGAAGGCAUUUGAUUUUCAAGCAUUAUGCUACAUGAUCAAAAUCUGUUCCACUUAUCUCGGUUUAUCUGACCAGUUCACUUCAUCUUAACUGAUGUACUUAAUUUGAUAUGAAUUAAAAGUUCACUAUAUAAAUAUACCUUAUUUUGAGAAGAAGAAAAAAGGACAAAAAAAGAAAAGAAACGAAGAAGAAGUUAUUUCACAUUUGUGUUUACAUUAAAUCAUAAUGAAGAUUUUAUAUGUUUGUUUAUUAAUUAUUACAUUAUUUACUGUGACUAUUCAAUAUAAUUAUCAAACAUAUCCAAAUAAUUAUCGUAGACAAUUAAAUAAUCAAUAUAGCCCUAGUAACCAUUAUUAUUAUUAUAAUAAUUACGAUAAUAAUAAUAAUAAUAAUGAAGGUAAACGUUAUGAUGGUAAUAAUAAUAAUAAUAACCAUUAUUAUUAUGGUCACAAUCGUAGAAAACAUGGUAAUUAUUAUCCAUCUAAAAGAUAUACUAAUAAAAAACCUAAAAAAAUGCAUCUUACAAGAAAAUAUCUUAUUGAAGGUGAAGCUAAACAUAUUCAUCAAAAACAUGGUGAAAAACAUAUAAAAUCAGUUGGUGAAUUAUUUGGUUUUACUGAUACAUAUCAAGGAUCGGAUUAUUCAUUAACAACAACAUUUCAUAAAGGUAGUUUAUCAACAAAACAUGGUAAACCAAAAUAUUUUUCUACAUAUGAUACAGAAGGACAAGUUAAACAUUAUAAAAAUACACAUGGUCGUGCUAAAUUUAAUCUUAAUUCCAAAUUACAUGGUCAUGAAAAAUAUAAAGAUUUAAAAGAAAUGAAAGCCAAUAUAACAUUUGAAAAUAAUGAUGAUACAACAGAUGAUGAAUCGAAUUAUUCACCAACAAAUCAUCCAUAUGGAAAAUUAGAAGGUUAUUAAUUCAAUAUAAUAUGAUAAUGAAAAGAAAACGAACCAAUUCUAAGUUAGUUGAUUGAAUGUAUAUAUAACUAUUAUACAUGAAUAUAUAUCUAUGUAUCAUGUUAUGAAAUUGUACGUGUCAUUAUUGAGAAUUGAGUAAAUCAUAUCAAAGACGAACAAACAAACAAACAACUUCUUAUAAGUUCUUUUCCCCGCUUUUUCUUCUUUUUUUUUCUUUUCUUUUUUUCUUUUUUUUUUAAUUCAUGAGCUUUCCUUUAAAUUAUUUAUGAUGUAUAUUUUAAUUUGAUUAAAUAAUAAUGAUACAUUUAUACAGAAUCAUUUAUUUUCUUGUCAAUUUUGUUCAAAAUUAUUAUUUAUGAAUAAAGAUAGUU